UGCUAUGUAAUGUCUCUCUGGCGAGGCUGCAACCUGUGACCUCGACGCCGAUCUGCUCUCCUCUGGUGUUAUGUGCUUCUCUCCGCCGCUGUUGCACUCUCUGCUCACCCAGUCUCGGUCACUUACUCUGUACUCUCUCUCGCCGCUGGGUGAAUUCUAAUCAUUGUCCAUGAUGAGGCUCUAUGAUGAAUUCAAAGAGAUACUAAAGAUUCAGAAGUUUCGAAGAUUGGUGUCAUAUACUGGAUUCUAUUGCUUUGCCACACUCAUAAGCUAUGCUUAUGUUAGCAAUACAACCCGGGCAGGAUAUUCCAGAGCCGAUCAAUUCUACGCAUCGUACCCGGCUGGUACUGAGCUUUUAACAGAUACUUCCAAGUUGUACAAAGCUGCUCUUGGAAACUGCUUUGAAGCUGAAGAAUGGGGUCCAAUUGAGUUCUGCAUCAUGGCCAAACACUUCGAUCGUCAAGGGAAGGCUCCAUAUGCAUACCAUUCAAAAUACAUGGCACACUUGCUUUCACUUGGACAGCUUGAUGGAAGUGGUUAAUGGGAGAAGUUAACCAUUUAACUCCGAUGAUAUUUGAUAAUUUGGUAGUUGUUUUAAUAUAAUAAUUAUAUAGCCAUAUGAAAAUUACUUGAUGAUUGAGUGCUUGCUCAAGUUUUGGGCUGCCAUGUAUGCUAUAACCGGCUUUUUAUGAUCAAGGAAUAUAGUAUCUUGAGCAUUGAUUCU